AUGAUGAAUGAGAUUCAGCAGCAAAUGCUGCAGCUACCAGGAGGCAUUCUGCCUCAUUAUUGUCGUCUAUGCCACAAUUUCAUCAUAAUUGAUGAUGUGAAGGAUAAAGAAGACAAAGGAAAAGGAAAAGGCAAUAGUCUACAAAUUCGGCGGAAGUAUACACUUAAGCAAGUAUGCGAAUUUGCCAAUAGUGGCUGUGUGAUGUUCUCCCUACAGCUCAUGGAGCUACAUCGAGCCCAAAACGCCGGCUCCUUUUCGGUGUCUGGGCUGCUACGCGAGAUCUGCGGAGCUGCAUGUGCCAAGCGGCUUCAACUGUUUUAUCCCCUAGUUCCUUCGAGUGUACUGGAAGAAUUAGGCGACUGGAGUCUUGAGAUCAAACUUUCGCCUGAAGAUGCAAGCCAACUUGAAUCCUACUGGAUAAGUAAGGACAACAAGAGUCAAGAUGUAGAUGAGAGACCGAUGAUCCUCUUUACUGAGGAAGCGUUGAGUUACUGCUGGGGCAAUACCGGCCACAACAGAUUCAAGACAGAGAAGGAAACUUUGGCUAUACGAAAACAGGGGUUUGAUUAUAUCCAACUACCGAGUACGUUGCGAGACGCAGUAAAGGUAGCACGCACCCUUGGUCUGGAGUACCUUUGGGUGGAUGCUCUCUGUAUCGUUCAAGACUGGAAGGAGGACAAAAGCAAAGAGAUUUCUAAGAUGUGGCAAAUCUACCAAGGCGCAACUAUUGUUAUCUCGGCAGCCUUGGCGUCACACAGCGACCAAGGUUUCCUUCAUGAGCGCGACCUUGAGUCUUGCUAUCUUAGCACUUGGGCCAUCCAGUGGCACAAAGUCGACAGUGAGGGCAACCGAUUUGAAGAGUUUGCAUUUUGCGCCGAAGGAGAGAUCAGGCGCAUCAGGAAGGAACCGAUUGAUUUACGUUCUUGGACUUUACAGGAAGACAAACUUGCAAAUCGCGUUUUGCGUUUCGGCAGCUCACAAAUGGUUUGGCGGUGUCCUCGUGGCUACCGUGUUGACGGAGGAUCAAAUGAUGAAGAGUCACUGGAUAAGUACUCCACUGUUGACGAAGUCAAGGACUCCUACGAAUGGACAGACUUGGUUGAAGAGCUUACUACUAGGUUCAUCGGAGAAGCUAAAGAUCGACUACCAGCCUUCGCGGCUGUUGCAGCAGACUACGCCCAAAGACACAACGUAGGGCCUGACGAGUACAAGGCAGGACUGUGGACCUCCUGGCUACCGUUCGGCUUGCUAUGGUAUAUCAAAGACCUUGAUGAUGAAGCCACCUACCCAGAUAUACUAUCAACUGAAGAGAAAUCCCCCACUUGGUCGUGGCACCUGGCUCGUAGCGGCAUAUCCUGGCCAGAGUCCAUACCCUACCGAGGCGACGCCGAUGACUUCAAGUUAGGGGUAAAAUAUUCCCAGGUUGAACUUUCAGAUGACAAAGUUGAAUAUGGGCGUGUCAAAGGAGGGUGCUUAGAGGUGUCUGGGGUAUUGCUAAAGAUUUACUUGCAUGGAACCCGACCCGUCUACUUCAAGGCUAAUGGAAAAGUGUCUUCUGCCCCGAUUAUAAUCCGGUGGUAUAGCAAAAAUAUUCCUUCAGAGAAGGAGUUCUUUUGCUUGGAAGUUCACCGCGUGCACAAAUUUAUUCCACAAGGUAUAGUCCUUGAACAAAGCAACGGGUUUUUCUACAGGGUCGGAUACUUCGAGCCAGACUAUCAGAAAAGCACUCCUACUGGGCCAAUUUGGGGAGACCAGAAAACGAUUUUUAUUAAGUAG